AAUGCAGACAAUGACUGACCUCAUUUCUCCCCCCAUAAAAUAAAGUGGAGGAGGGGAGGGGGAGGGUGCGAGAGAAUCGUGUGACUCCUUCUCUCUCUCUUCACGCAUUCUUACUGUUACUCUCAUUUCAGUUUCUGUUCCUCCUCUCUCUCUUACACAGCAUCUACGCACGCUUAUCAAACCAUUCGGUGCUCUUCCUCUUCUUCUGAGCUCCCGUGGUUUUUUUUCUUUGGUUUCAAAUCAAACCCACCCUCGCUCUCCUUCUUUUCAUUUGCCGUACUCGAUCUUCAAUGUGCAAAUCUGCUUCUGCAUUUUGCUGUCAUUUUCCUUUUUGACUGGCCCUUCUGUCCUCUGCCGUGUAUUUGAGAGAAAACAGAGUUGGUUUAUCGGGAAACCCUUCAAGGAAUCGCCUCCCCUCUCUUUGUUGCUUUCCUGUGAUCUUCAUUAAAGAAGCAACCUUUUCCUUUUCUUUCUUUUUGUUUGAUCCUUCUGAGCCUUUCUGGGUUCACUCGACAAUGAGCAUUCAACACUUGAAAAGCAGUGCGGGUGGCCUUUCCCUCUCUUACAAAUUUGGCCAUUUGGGCCACCAAGAGCCUGCAAAUCCAGACAUGGGUCUUCAGAUUCUGACCCCCUCGUGGGAGAGAGCUGAAAAACUUGUGGCGAUCCAAAAGCCGACUGCGAGAAAUGGCUGCAUUUUAGGACUCGAGACAAAAGGUUCGGUCUUGGUUUUUUCAGGUGAAGCAGAGGAACAGAAAACGCAGUCCCUGUGCGUUAAAAGGGGAGGACACACCAAGCUUUGCGCAAGAGGGCACUGGAGACCAGCUGAAGAUGCCAAGCUCAAAGAUCUUGUUUCAAGAUUCGGACCUCAAAAUUGGAACUUGAUCGCCGAACAUCUUCAAGGAAGAUCAGGGAAAAGUUGCAGGCUCAGGUGGUUCAACCAGCUGGAUCCGCGAAUCAACAGGAGAGCUUUCAGCGAGGAAGAAGAGGACAGGCUCUUGGCCGCUCACAAGGUGUACGGGAACAAAUGGGCCAUGAUUGCCCGGUUAUUUCCCGGACGGACCGAUAAUGCGGUCAAGAAUCACUGGCAUGUGAUCAUGGCCAGGAGGCAGAGAGAGCAGUCCAAUGUGUACCGGAAGAGAAAGCCACCUUCUCAUCUCCAUCAUCGCCACGUUGAACAUCAUCUUCAAGCCUUGCCCAAGGGGCUCGAUCGUUCUUCUUCGACGACCCUCUCGAGCAAUGUGGAUGAAUCUGACUCUACCUGCACUGAUCUCUCCCUCACUCCCUCUUCGGCUAUGUCUUCUCCUGCCUUCUUCUCUGGUUCAUCUGGCAAGAAGACAGUCGUGGCGGACAAUGUGACCUCUGACAAGUCCUCUUUCUCUCGAAAUGGUUUCCAUUUCCCAGGGCCAGUAGUGAUCGACACAAGGGGUCUGGACCAUCAUCAUAAUUAUCACAACUCUGGCAGUUCAUCAGAUUCAAACUCCGAAGUCUCAGCCCCUGAAUCAGUUGCCACCGCCACCACCACCACCACCAAUAGCAACAAGAUGAGCACCCCAACAAGCUUCAUAGAUUUUCUGGGAGUGGGAGCUACUUGAAAGUCAGUGGAGGGCGCCCCCACUCUCUCGGUAUUUCAUUGGGUAGAGAGUGACUGAACUGAAGAGACUGCAGAAGCCAAAGAACAUCAAACAGAAGAAGAGAGGGGGAAACAAAAGGCCCAUGAGAGAUGGUCUGCUCUGCUUGGGGUUUCCUCAUUUAGUAACCGAUGAACGACCCCUUAUUUGGGUUGAAUCUUGAAUACAGCAUGUGAAGAGACAACAUGCCUGCUGCUGCUGCUGCAAAAGGGCCAAUCUUCCAGUUUCUUUUAUUGUACAGGGCUAGUAAUUUUCCAUAAACAGAAAAAAGAAAAGAGAAGAGAGAGAGGGAGAGAGAGAGCAAAUGAGCCUGAAAAGAUUAGUGAACUGAGGGGGGGGAGACUGGUUUGAUUUGAUUAAUCUGUUGACUGUUGAGGGUGCUGUGGUGAGGAUCUGGAAGGACAAAAAUAGGUUGAAAAAAUCCAAGAAAAGAGAGCCCAAAAGAUCCGUCUUUUUAACCCAUCCUCGUGAUUGUUUUAACUGACCUGUGAAUGUAACCUGCUCAUCUUUCCUGA